AAUAGGGAGCGAUUGGCGGCCAUCAAUGACGAAGUCGCUACAAAUCAUAGCCAUUCGGGCUGGUAAGUUGCGAGGCGAUAAACCUGACGAACGCGAGUUGAAAGCAAGCCAGUCUUCAACUGACAAAAACAAAACUAUUCGACAGCAUAUCAUGAUGGUUAACAUAUUCUGGAGAGGAGACACAACAAAGGUUAUCCUGCUACAAGUUCUUGUUGCCAAUUCUCUACUGCACUUCUCGUCAGUCACGGGCGAUGCUGCAACAUGUAACACCAAAUCUGUUAUACCUGAAGUUAAAAUCUUCUCAAGUCCGCCAGACCCCACGCAACCUAUCGGAGCAGCCAUUAAUCUGACCUGUGAAGCGCGACCAAGGGAAGAAGACGUGCUUUUUCCCAGGAGAUGGGUCAAGUAUAUUCAGUGGUAUGAUCCCCAUGGGAGACCAGUUGGAGUCAAAUGCCAAAACUCAAGACUAGCAAAGAAACUGAAAUGUCUGUUAAUUCUUAAGAAUCUGACCGUAGAAAACUUCGGGAACUACACUUGUGAAGCAGAAAAUGACUAUGCUGGAUACUGCAGAAGAAAAUCCAUUGAAAUUCUCCCUAAAGAAAACUUAAGUCCACCUGAGACAACAAAGGCACCCCAUCUUCUAUUUCCUAAGGUGGUUGAAAACCCAAAGAACCAUAGCGCUUUCAUUGGCUCCAAUGUAACUUUUAACUGUACUGCCAUGGGUCUUCCAACACCAGCCAUCUCAUGGAUGAAGAACAACAAUUCAUAUGCAGUAACAUCCAAUGUGAGAGCCAGGGUUGUUUCAGAUAACAAAAAUAAUCACAGUCAGCUGAUAAUAACGGAAGUGAAGAUAGAAGAUAAUGGCAAAUAUCAGUGCGUUGCAAGCAACAGUGCUGGUGAGAGGACAUCGUCAGCGGCUUUCUUGUACAUAAAAGAGUUAGAAUCCAAAAUAAACCAAGAGUCAGAAAAGGAAAAAUGCUCAACCUCCCCCCACAUUAGUUUCUCCACUUUAUCUUACGCUAUAAUUGCUACCUUUGUCGGUACCUUCAUUGGUGGAAUAUGUGUGGGGUUUUGGUUCAGAACUAUCAGACGCCGUGGAAAGAUCACUUUCCAUCCUACAAACGACUGUGAGCAGGGAAAGAACGAGUUUAAACAGAUCGAGUAGCGUCAAAUUUCUCUCUCGUCUUGGAAUCGUAUGCAGAAUCCUAGUGCUAAUCUGUUUCCGUUAGUUUGCUGUCUGUGCACAUGAAUACACUAAUACCCAGGUCUUUUUCUAGUUCCCGUAGGAGCUGUAGCGUAUCAAAAAAGUGCCAGGACCGUUUUCUUUUGAUCGAAAAAGACCUACUGCUGGCAUUUGCCUUACUGUAAAUCAUCGAUUUUUCCGUGGUUCCGAGAGAAAAUUUACUGCAAUUUAAACUCUGCCCAUAAUUUGACGAAAUGAUGGAUCCUUCGUGUUUUGAGAUUUGCCUCUUUUCAUGAUCAUACCCGAUAGACGAGGUUAAUUUAUUCAUCUGCUGGUUAGAACGAAACAAUCCAGAACAUAAGGAUAACCAAGAGUUAGCGAUGUUAGUGAUACACAGGACAUAAGAGAAAAAGAUGCUAUCAGAUAAUUGAUAAUUAAAUUUCUAGUGUUAGAAAUUGUAAUAUUUAAAAUAAUAGAAUAUUUUUAGCAAAAUAUAAAUAUUGUA